CGGGCGUCAGUCUUUUGAAGCACGCGCGUUUGAAAAGUUUGUUUUGCGUGCCUUUUAAUGGAGUCCACAGAACCGGCUGAAGUUCACAAAAUUCGGGUGCACUACAAGAAGGCGCUACAAUGCCUGAAAACUGGUCUCCAGCACGAUGAAAUUGGGAAUGAAGGACAAGCUCUCAUAUUGUACAAACAGGGGAGGCAACACCUCCUCAGUGGUCUGGAGGUUAACACCAAAGGGCACCAGAACGUCGGUCCCAGCUGGGACUUCGCGCGACAGACGCAGGUGAAGAUGCAAAAGACCUUGAGCACCGUCACUCCGCGUCUACAGAUACUGGAGUCCACACCUACCCAGGGUCAGCAGCUUUAUCCCACCCUUCCAGCCUUCCAGGACCCCCAGCCCCUCAGACUACAUCGCCAAAGCAACCAAGUUUCGGGUUCAGGAGGGUCACCAGCAGUUUCUGCCUCACCUGUGGUGGGUUUUGCUGUCCCCAGUGUGAUUCCACCAGCCUACACCCCACAACCAACAAAUGGGCAUAUGUCCAUUUCUAAUGGAGGGCCAUUUCAAUCUGCUCUAAACCAACGGCAGGCGUGUGCACCUGUCAAUCUCAGAGAGGCUGGAAUGGAGAUCAUGUUCUUGCCCAGUGGGGUACAGAUGUUCUUUGUGUCUGCUGAGGGCCAGGUCAGCGCCCCCUCUUAUCCGGGGUACCUGAGAAUAAUCAAAUAUAACAACCAGAACUCAAACUGCAGUUCCAGAUAUGCACCAGCCUACCUACAGGUAUGUGAUUGGAUCUAUCCGUUGUACCCAGACUCACCCGUUUUUCUCAGCAACAAAGGUGUGUUUACGUUCCCUGACGUCACCGCAGCAGUACCAGGGUCCUAUGUGGGGUUGGUACUGUCCCCAGAACUGUCUGCAUCUCAGAGGGCUUUAUUCAGACAGCAACUGUCAUUGCUGGCCCAGCUCAGAGUCCAGGUUGAUGAUGAACCAGCUGGAGCUACAGGGAUUGACAAAAGUGAAAAGGUUCCUAUUGGUCCUCCUUCAGAAACAUCGACUGGAGAAGUGGAUAAAGUUCUUCCUGGUUGGAGUGAAAAAGUUUCACAGUCCAUUUUAGCAGGGACUUCCUGGCUGAGUCAGGGGCUUGAACGAGGAGCUGAAGUGACGGGUAAAGCCAUCCAGAGAGGGGCGAGUAGACUACGAGAAAACAUAACUCCAAAUGAGACCCCAGCAGAGGUCAGUCCCACAGUUACCAAGAGCCUAAAUGCAGCAAAACAGGCAACUGGAGGUGCUGUGAAAGUCAGCCAGUUUCUAGUGGAUGGCGUCUCUGCCGUGGCUGGUAAAGUGAGCAAGGAACUUGCUCCACACAUCAAAAAACAUGGCAGCAAACUUAUACCAGAAUCCCUCAAGAAAGACGAUGAUGGCACAGUGGAUGGAGUCAAACAUGUGGCUGGAAGCAGUUUUCAAGGUUUAUCAAAUCUAUGGUCCAGUAUGGAAACGGCAGCGAAAACUAUCGGCAAAAGUUUAACUUCUGAAACAGUGACUACUGUGAGGCACAAGUAUGGAGAUGACGCAGGUCAGGCUGCAGACACUGCAGUCCAGUCUGCUGUCAAUGUAGGUGUCACAGCUUUUAAUGUGGAUAACCUGGGCAUCAAGGGUGUACUGAAGACCACGGGCAAGCAGACUGCAAUAGCAAUGGCAGACAAUAAAUCCGGAGCAGAGAAAACCGAAAAGGCAGAAGAGGCACUCACAAAAAAACGGGAUGAGAAAAAAUAA